AUGCACACCUACAAGCCAUCACUCGGUAGCUUGACUUUCCGGUCUUCGUCUCUCCUGUUUGUCGCAAAGGGUGGAUUGCGCGUUCUUUCAUCGCAAGUCGGCAACGUCAAGCACAUCCUCGACCACGAUCCCCAUCCAAUAGAUCGUUUUCACUUCGAUCCCAACUUCCUAGAGUGUGCCCUUCUCAACGCGAAACUCUCCGGCAAUCGACACUUCCAGCGAUCUACAGUCCAGGCCCUUCUGCCAGAUAUCCAGUCGUUCCCGUUGUCUCGCUGCUUGAUUCCUCGAAAAGAGCAUCUGUACAAAUACUCUGCCAAACGUCUCGUCACACCCACAGCACAUCCUGGCCGCAUUCACCACACCCUCAACGCGUCCACCGUCACUUCGCUGCUCGUCCGCACCCCUUUCAACGGCCAUAUUCCCGGCAGAGCCACACUUUAA